ACACUUGUGAUAAGAGAUGAGAAUGCAGCAAAAUCAAAUCCAAAGGCAUAUAUGUGGCAAAGCUUUGAUUACCCUUCUAAUACAAUGUUGGCUGGGAUGAAGAUUGGAUGGGACCUUAAAAGGAAUCUAAGUAGAAGUCUCAUAGCUUGGAAGAGUGGUGAUGAUCCAACCCCAGGUGACUUAUCAUGGGGUAUUUUGUUGCAUCCCUAUCCUGAGAUCUAUAUGAUGAAGGGGACAAAAUACUACCACAGGCUUGGACCAUGGAAUGGUUUGCGUUUCAGUGGCAGGCCAUGGCCAGAAAUGACGAAUAAUAAUAGCUUUUUCCAUUACCAGUUUGUCUCCAACAAGGAAGAGGUUUAUUACACAUGGACCCUCAAGCAGACUAGAUUAUUAUCAAAAGUGGUACUUGACCAAUUCACACAAGAACGUGUUCGUUAUAAAUGGUCAGAGACUGAUAAAUCAUGGAGGAUAUAUUCAACUAUGCCAGAAGAUGGCUGUGACCAUUAUGGCCUUUGUAAGGCCAAUGCAUUUUGCAGCAGUACUUCAUCACCAGUAUGUGAGUGUUUAAAAGGGUUCAAGCCUAAGUCUCCGAAAGAAUGGAGCUCAAUGAUCUGGACCCAAGGCUGUGUCCUGAAACAUCCGUUGAGUUGCAAGUAUGAUGGGUUUUCCCAGGUAGAUGGCUUGAAAGUGCCAGAUACUAAAAGAACAUCUGUUGAUGAGACUAUUGAUCUUGAGAAGUGCAGAAAAAAGUGCUUGAAUGAUUGUUCCUGUAUGGCAUAUACAAAUACAAAUAUAAGUGGAACAGGAAGUGGCUGUGUCAUGUGGUUUGGUGAUUUAAUUGACAUCAAACAGUAUCCAGUUCCAGAAAAUGGGCAGCGUCUAUAUAUAAGGUUGCCUCCUUCAGAAUUAGACAGUGAAGAGUCUAUUAGGCGCAAGAACUAUAAAAUAAUACUUGUAACCUCCUCUGCUGCAACUUUAGGAGUUAUGCUUGCUAUUUAUUUCGUCUACAGAAGGAAAUUUUCUGAUAGAUCGAAGACAAAAGAUAACAUUGAAAGACAGCUAGAAGAUCUGGAUGUGCCAUUGUUUGAUCUGCUAACAAUCACUAAUGCCACUAACAAUUUCUCCUUGAAUAAUAAGAUUGGACAAGGUGGUUUUGGACGAGUAUACAAGGGACAAUUAGCUGAUGGACGAGAUGUUGCUGUCAAGAGACUUUCAAGCGGUUCUGGACAAGGAAUAACUGAGUUCAUAACAGAAGUAAAACUGAUAGCAAAGCUUCAACACCGAAACCUUGUAAAGCUCCUUGGUUGUUGCUUUCGAGGACAGGAAAAAUUACUGAUAUAUGAAUACAUGGUUAAUGGCAGCCUAGACUCCUUCAUUUUUGAUCAAAUAAAAGGUAAGUUACUCGACUGGCCCCGACGCUUUCAAAUAAUAUUUGGAAUCGCUAGAGGAUUUUUGUAUCUUCAUCAAGAUUCACGAUUAAAGAUAAUUCCUAGAGAUCUCAAAGCAAGUAACGUUUUACUCGAUGAAAAGUUAAAUCCAAAAAUAUCAGAUUUUGGAAUGGCUAAAGCAUUUGGAGGAGACCAAACAGAAGGCAAUACAAACAUAGUAGUUGGGACUUAUGGAUACAUGGCUCCAGAAUAUGCUGUUGAUGGACUAUUUUCAAUCAAAUCUGAUGUUUUUAGCUUUGGUAUUUUGUUGUUGGAGAUUGUAUGUGGAAGCAAAAAUAGAGCCCUUUUCCAUAGAAACCAGACUCUUAACCUUGUUGGUUAUGCAUGGACACUUUGGAAAGAGCAUAAUGUUCUACAAUUGAUUGACUCAAGCAUAAAGGACUCGUGUGUUAUCCCAGAAGUAUUGCGAUGCAUCCAUGUAAGUCUCUUGUGCGUGCAACAAUGCCCAGAUGAUAGGCCAACCAUGACCUCAGUAAUUCAAAUGUUAGGGUGUGAGAUGGAACUAGUUGAGCCACAUGAGCCUGGUUUCUUUCCAAGGAGGAUUUCAGAAGAAGGAAAAUUAUGCACAAAUCUAAACCAAAUGACUUCAAAUGAUGAAUUAACCAUUAGCUGGUUAGAUGGUCGGAGUGUUAACAACACAUCUUACACACAUUCCUUCCAACAUUUGCUUUUGGAUAAACUUAUUUACUCCAUGAAGUUCAUUCUUUCUCUGAUGAGAAUCAUAGUUUAUAUACUGUUUCUCCCUUCUCUCGUAGUUUUCAUAGCAGCGGACACAUCAUCCACUUCACAGUUCCAAUCCCUAAGUUAUGAAGAGAAAGAGACCAUAGUUUCCCCAAAUGGAAUCUUUGAACUUGGUUUUUUCCAUCUUGGAAAUCCCAACAAAAGCUACCUCGCUAUUCGUUACAAGAGUUACCCUGAUCAAACAUUUAUUUGGGUUGCAAACGGUAGCUACCCUAUCAAUGACUCCUCAGCCAUGUUGACACUAAACAGUUCUUCUGGCAGUUUGGUCCUCACACACACCAACAAGGUUGUUUGGUCAAGUUCUCCAAAAGUGGCACAUAAUCCAGUGGCAGAGUUAUUAGACACUGGAAACCUUGUGAUAAGAGAGAAAAAUGAAGCAAAGGUAGAAGUAGAAGGGGAAGCAUAUCUAUGGCAAAGUUUUGACUACCCUUCUAAUACAAUGUUGGCUGGGAUGAAGAUUGGAUGGGACCUUAAAAGGAAUCUAAAUAGAAGUCUCAUAGCUUGGAAGAGUGGUGAUGAUCCAACCCCAGGUGACUUAUCAUGGGGUAUUUUGUUGCAUCCCUAUCCUGAGAUCUAUAUGAUGAAGGGAACAAAAAAGUAUCACAGGCUUGGACCAUGGAAUGGUGUGCGUUUCAGUGGCAUGCCAGAAAUGGUGCCUAAUCCUGUUUUUAGUUACAAGUUUGUCUCCAACGAGGAUGAGGUUUAUUACAUGUGGACUUUGCAAACUAACUUGAUAACCAAAGUGGUGCUUAACCAAACAACGGAAGAUCGUCCUCGCUAUGUGUGGUCAGAUACUGAUAAAACAUGGAACUUUUACUCAACCAUGCCAGGAGGAGAGUAUUGUGACCAUUAUGGCGUUUGUGGGGCCAAUUCAUUCUGCAGCAGCACUGCAUCACCAAUGUGUGAGUGCUUAAAAGGGUACAAGCCUAUGUCUCCUGAAAAAUGGAACUCAAUAAACUGGACACAAGGAUGUGGCCUUAAACAUCAAUUGACUUGCAUGAAUGAUGGUUUUGCCUCUGUUGAUGGUUUGAAAGUGCCGGAUACUACAAAUACGUCUGUGGAUGAAACUAUUGAUCUUGAGAAGUGCAGAAAAAAGUGCUUGAAGGAUUGUUCAUGCAUGGCAUAUACCAAUUCAAAUAUAAGUGGAGCAGGAAGUGGCUGUGUCAUGUGGUUUGGUGAUUUAUUUGACAUCAAACUGUAUCCAGCUUCAGGAAGUGGGCAGCGUCUAUAUAUAAGGUUGCAUCCAUCAGAACUAGAUUCUAUCAAGCACAAGAAGCCUACAAAAAUAUUUGUAACCUCCGGUGCUGCAGCUAUAGCAAUUAUACUUGCUAUUUAUUUUGUCUACAGAAGGAAAAUUUAUGAAAAGUCAAAGGAAGAAAAUAACUAUGAAAAUUAUAUGGAUGAUCUGGAUCUCCCAUUGCUUGAUUUUUCAGUAAUCAUUGCUGCUACGGGUAACUUUUCAGAGGGGAACAAGAUUGGAGAAGGAGGCUUUGGAUCCGUAUAUUGGGGAAAAUUAACCAGUGGAUUAGAAAUUGCUGUGAAGAGACUUUCAAAGAACUCGGAUCAAGGAAUGAGUGAGUUCGUGAAUGAAGUAAAACUGAUUGCAAAAGUUCAACACCGAAAUCUUGUAAAGCUUCUUGGAUGCUGCAUUCAAAAACAAGAAAAAAUGUUAGUUUAUGAAUACAUGACCAACGGCAGCCUUGACUAUUUCAUUUUUGAUCGCACCAAAGGGAAAUUGCUAGAUUGGCAAAAGCGUUUUCACAUAAUUUGUGGCAUUGCUCGAGGACUUAUGUAUCUUCAUCAAGAUUCUCGAUUGAGAAUUAUCCAUAGAGAUCUCAAAGCAAGCAAUAUUUUACUAGAUGAUACUUUGAAUCCCAAAAUAUCAGAUUUUGGAAUGGCUAGAACUUUUGGUGGGGAGGAUAUCGAAGGAAACACAAAUAGAAUUGUUGGAACAUAUGGAUACAUGGCACCAGAAUACGCUAUCGAAGGACAAUUUUCUGUAAAAUCAGAUGUAUUUAGCUUCGGUAUCUUACUUUUGGAGAUUAUAUGUGGGAAGAAAAAUAGAAGUUAUAGUGGAAAGCAAGUCGUGAACCUUGUUGAUCAUGUGUGGACCCUUUGGGAAAAGAACAUGACAUUACAGAUAAUUGAUCCAAAUAUGGAGGAUUCAUGUAUUGCAUCUGAAGUAUUACGUUUCAUCCAUGUUGGGCUCUUGUGCAUUCAACAAUACGCAGAGGACAGGCCCACUAUGACCUCAGUGGUUCUAAUGUUGGGGAGUGACAUGGAAUUGGAUGAGCCUAAAAAGCCCGGUUUUUCUACGAAGAAGGAAUCUAAUGAAUCAAAUUCGCACUCAUGUAGUACGACCAACUCAAUGUCCGUAACAUUAUUAACUGCUCGGUGAAAAUCAAUGGUAUAGGUGGAUAUAUUGUUUUAAAUUAUGUAUAUAAUCAAUAUAAUUGAAGUGUAGAUUGUGGUAGA